CAGGGACUCGCUAGAAAACGUUCCCCGGCGCUACUAAACACCUUUUAUUAUAUACAUAGACGUCCGCGAUGCAGUCACUGAGAGUGUUUCUCAGCGAGAGACUGACAGCCGCGGCGGAGGAGAUAUGCGGCGCUGUGGAGAACACCAUAGCCGAGUACAAGGAGGAGAUCUCUCGCUCCAAAGAUUUAGAAAUCAGUCGUCUGAGGAUGCAGCUGAAGCUUCUCAAGUCAGAGCCGCGGUUGGAUAGGUGCCUGGGAGCCCAGCUGCAGCAGCUCACCCAUCACCACCACCAUCACCCUCCUCCUCCUCCUCCCCCUCCCCCUCCUCCUCAGCAGCAGCUCCAUCAGUCAGUGCCUUCAGCGGAGCCUCCCGAGUCCCAGCCGUGUGAGGAGGAUGGGAGCGGCGACGGCAUGGAGCAGGAGCACCCGGAGCCCUCGCAGGUGAAGAAGGAGCAGCACCUGAAGAGCCACGGGGACUUCUGGACCGGUCACGACGUGGAGCAGCUCGAGAGCCUCGAGUCCGACAUCAAAGACUUCAUCUCGUCUCCUUCCAGCCUGAAGAGCAGCCUGCCGGACCCCAGCUUGCUCUUCCACCCCUACCACCACCACCACGGCGAGGAGAGCAAAGAGAAGCCCUACUGCUGCUCCGUCUGCGAGAAGCGCUUCAGUAACUGCUCCCACCUCGCGGCUCACAUCCGGACACACACCGGGGAGAGGCCGUACAGAUGUGACAUCUGCAGGAAGACCUUCAUCACCACGAGCGCGCUGAACAGACACCAGACGAUCCACACCGAGGGGAAACAGUUCGUCUGUAAUUAUUGUGGUAAAUCCUUCAAGUGGAUGGAGUCUCUGGGCCGGCACGUGAGGAGUGUUCACAAGAGGGAGAACAUGCCUGUAUGACUCCAUACACUGAUGGCCACUAGAUAAUGUUGUUACUGUAUGUUUGUUAUCUAUUAUUUAAAUGUAAAACACCUGAACAAAGAAUGUAGUGUUUUCUAUGUGUUAUGAUGCAUUACAUUGUGCAUGGACCUCAUUGGCCCUUGACAGCCAGUACAUGACGUGUGAACGAGUUGUAGACAUUAAUGGAAAGGUAAGGCAUUUUAUAAAUAAAUUAUGGCCACAUG